AUGCCUCCAGAAAACCCAUAUCCACCUCCUCUAACCACCCUACCUGUCUUCCCCACCACCUACCNAUCUUGCCGUCACGUAGUGCCUAUCCUCGGCUUCUCCUCUGACGAGCAUGGUUAUAAGCAUCACUGCUCUAGUCGGAGGAGGAGAAGAUUAGUUCUUGUAUAUGAGUAUAUGCAUAAUGGUAGCCUCCAAGAUGCUUUGUUAGAUAAAAAAUGUCCCGAGUUAAUGCAAUGGAGAAAGAGAUUUGAUAUUAUAAGUUCCCUUGCAAAGGGUGUUGAGUAUCUCCAUUAUUCGUGCGAUCCUCCUAUAGUACAUGGAGAUAUAAAGCCGUCUAAUAUAUUGUUGGAUUACAAUUUUGAUGCAAAAAUAGCUGAUUUUGGGCUAGCACAGUCUUUGACUAAAGAUGAUCAAGUUGUUGAGUGUUUCAUUGAAGAUGAGGAGAGAGUUGAGAAGGGGGCAAAAGGAGAAGUUCUUGAGAACGUGGAGGAAAAUGGGUCGAUUCUUGAAGGAAAUGAGAGUGUGGUGACAGAGGAGGUUGUGAUAAAUGUGGAUCAGUUGCCGGAGAGUUGUUGUGUGAGGGUGUUGGAUGGGGAAGCGGGAGGGAUGUCACCUGAGGUGGGAGUGCCAUCAGAAGGGGUAGAAAAAACUAGUGUUUCUGAGGGGUUUUUUGAUGGGAUUAGUGUGGAUAGUGGAGUUUCGAGAGGGAUUGGGAGGGGAAUUAGUCAAUCAGGCAGAGAUUGGUGGUGGAAACAGGAGAAUGUGAAUGGUGGAUCAGAUUCUGGGAGGAUUAAGGACUAUGUGAUGGAAUGGAUUGGUAGUGAGAUUAAAAAGGAGAGGCCUAAGAAGGACUGGAUUGCGACCACAAGUGCAGAAGAAGAUGUUGCCAAAGGGGGGCAACAGAAGCAAAGAAAGAGGCUUGAAUGGUGGGGAUCUUUGGAUGAGGAGAAACUUAGGAAAGAAAAGAAGAAUAGGAAGCCAAGAGAAUGGUGGAAGGAAGAGUUUUGUGAGGAGUUAGCCAAGAAAAAGAAGAAAAGGGAUCUCAAAGGGGGAGAAAUGUGGUGGCAAAGGGAUGAAGAACUAGUGCCAGAAAGAAAGAGGAGAAAAAGUAAGGGAAGUAGAAGCAGCAUUGAUUGGUGGCUUGAUAGUUUCAGUGGAGAGUUUCGAAUAGGAAGAAGAAGCAGUCAAGAUUUUGCCAGUGGAGAUAUUCCCAAGAGUGGAGGUGUGAGUAGUACCCCUAGUAUGAGAGGAACCGUUUGUUACAUUGCUCCAGAGUAUGGUGGCGGAGGGCAGCUCUCGGAGAAGUGUGACGUGUAUAGUUUUGGUGUUCUAUUGUUGGUUUUGGUAUCAGGGAGAAGGCCACUCCAAGUUACAGCUUCUCCUAUGUCAGAAUUUGAGAGGGCUAAUUUGGUUUCAUGGGCUAGGCAGCUUGCUCACUCGGGCAAGCUUUUGGAUCUUGUUGAUCCCAAUAUUCAGUCACUGGAUAGAGAACAAGCAUUGCUUUGCAUCACAAUAGCACUACUCUGUUUACAAAGAUCACCUAACAAACGCCCGACAAUGAAAGAGAUUGUUGGGAUGCUUUGUGGUGAAUCUGAGCCACCCCACUUGCCAUUUGAGUUUUCCCCUUCACCACCAUCCAAUUUCCCUUUCAAGUCCCGGAAAAAGGCCCGGUGAGUUCACUGAGUGUUCUAUUACCAUUUCAUUAACUGUAGCUUCACACUGUUCAAUGUAAUUUCAUGUAUGAUUGUGUAGAAAAUGUUACAAGAUUAGCAAAAAAAAAAAAGGAAGAAAAAUGUUAUUAGUUUCUUAUCAGCUUUUUCUUUUGCAACAACAACCACAACAAACCCAGUGUUAUCCCACACGCGGGAUUUGGAAAGGGUAAUGUAUAUGUAGACCUUACUAGUUACGAAGGAAUAGUGUCGUUUCUGAUUU